AUGUCUAAUUCUAGGGGCUUCGACGACGAGGAGCUCACUAUAACCCUGUCGCCGUCCCAAGUUCGCCGUCGGCCGCAUAAUGAGACGUUCCCAGCCUCGUCUCCCCAUCACAACGACCCCUCUUCGACCACUUCUAGACACCCUUCCCGCGUGGGCGAAGCCGGAGCCCCCGCCAACGCCAACAUGGCCUCUGCCGGCUCUGGCUCCGGCCUUCCCACUGUCCGCGAGAGAAUCAAGACGGAGCAACGUAUCGGCGCCUACAAGGUCAUCAAGACCCUCGGCGAAGGCUCCUUCGGCAAGGUGAAGCUGGCUAUCCACAUCAGCACCGGUCAGCAUGUCGCCCUCAAGAUCAUCGCCCGGAAGAAGCUCAUUAGCCGUGACAUGGCCGGUCGUGUCGAGCGAGAGAUUGAAUAUCUUCAACUACUGAGGCAUCCCCAUAUCAUCAAGCUGUAUACCGUUAUCAAGACCCAGAAUGAGAUCAUCAUGGUCCUCGAAUACGCCGGCGGCGAAUUAUUUGACUACAUCGUCCAGAACGGUCGCAUGAAGGAAGCAGAGGCCCGCCGUUUCUUCCAACAAAUGCUUUGCGCUGUCGAAUACUGCCAUCGCCACAAGAUCGUCCAUCGCGACCUCAAACCCGAGAACCUCCUCCUGGACGAUCAGCUGAACGUCAAGAUUGCCGAUUUCGGCCUGAGCAACAUCAUGACGGACGGCAAUUUCCUCAAGACAUCCUGCGGAAGCCCCAACUAUGCCGCGCCCGAGGUCAUCGGUGGGAAGCUCUAUGCCGGCCCCGAAGUCGACGUCUGGAGCUGCGGCGUCAUCUUGUACGUCCUGCUGGUCGGCAGGCUCCCCUUCGACGACGAACACAUUCCCAGCCUCUUCGCCAAGAUCGCCCGCGGCACCUACAGCAUCCCCCAGUGGAUAAAUACCGGCGCCGCGAACCUCAUCAAGAAAAUGCUGGUCGUGAACCCCGUCCAGCGAGCCACCAUCAAGGAUAUCAGGGACGAUCCCUGGUUCACCACCGACCUGCCCGCCUAUCUGCAGCCGCCUGUGGAAGAGUUCUACGAUACGGGAGUGGACCCCAACAAGGCCAUCAGGAAGAGCGACAUUGCCCCCAACGCGAACAUCAAGGUCCAGGAGAAGUUGCAUGAGGAAGUGACGGAGAAGAUUAGCAAGACGAUGGGCUACGGUAAAAGGGAUGUCGAGGAGGCCCUCGAAGCAGAUGAGCCGUCAGCCAUCAAGGACGCCUACCUGAUCGUCCGCGAGAACAAGCUCAUGCAAGUGACCGAGACCCUAACCAGCCUCACAGUCGACCCAGAAGGAUCCAACAGCCCCAUGCCCAGCGCCUCGUCGGCCCGGUCAGGAACCUCCACCACAAGCGCUCCGCGGCCAUACAUCAGCAAAGUCGGCGUCCUACCCACCAGUCUGCCAGACUAUCACAAGGCGUACGUGGAGCGGGAAAAGGCGGGGAUCGAAGACACGCCCGUGCCGCCCGUCCUGCCGGACGAACCCGACGCCGUGACCCGCACGGAAGCGGAGCGAGAAGAGAUGGCCCGUCGUCUCAAGCCCCAUUCGAAGAAUCAGCUCCGACUCGAGGAAGGCAGCAGGCGGCCGCAGGGCCUGACGCCCGUGUCAGGCCCCCCUCCCAAGAGAAUCAAGCCCGUGCGAUGGCAAUUCGGUAUCCGGUCGCGAAAUGCGCCGUGGGAGGCGCUGCUAUGCAUCCACAAAGCUUUGCACAAGCUCGGGGCCACGUACGUACCGGACGAGGACUACGAGAAGUCCCAGAUCGACGAAGACGACCAGGAACGGGGGGGCGCAGGAGGUAGCUAUGAUGACGGGUUCGGGAGCGGGACCCAGCCGUCGCAGCGUGGCAGCAGUUCAGCCGCCAGCAUUGAUCCGCAGAAGAGAUACAAACUGCCAGCCGACCCGUGGCAUAUCAAGGUUCGCUGGGAAACAAGAUUACUAGACAAACACUCUGCGGAACCACCAGAACGUGUCCGACACAGAGAUAGGGGCAAGGCCCCUGAAGGCUACCACAUCCAUGACGACGACUCCGAUAUCCAACGAGAUUUCGUGGCGCUCCAUCUAGACAUCCAGAUAUACGAGAUGGAACCCACCGUCUACCUGGUCGACUUCAAGUGCUCCGGCUACGAAACAGCCGAGCGCCGGCUUCUCGACGAGAAAGACGUAACCAGCCCAUUCCCCUUCCUCGACAUGGCGGCCAAGCUUAUCAUGCAGCUUGCCGAAGCCGACUGA